AUGAAGGAGGAAGGACGGAUCAAAUCAGUUGCGAUUAUCGGUGCUGGCGCCGCGGGAGCAAUAACGGCUGCCGCUUUCCAAGCAGAGAACUACUUUGACAAAAUCCGGGUUUUUGAAAGGAGAGAAACUCCUGGUGGAACAUGGAUAUAUGAUCCAGACCCAAAGCCCGAUCUACCAAUCACUCCAGGCAGCUUACCACCAGAUGUUGACCCUCGACUGGAAAUCCCAAGCAGUCUUCCGAGAAUUACGGCCCCGAAUCAGCAGGAGCGAUAUGCCCAGACUCCAAUAUAUGAUUCUCUCACUACCAAUGUUCCAGAUAUAGCAAUGUGCUUUUCUGAUCAACGCUUUGCCUAUGGACUUUUUGUGCCUCAUCACAUUCCUCGCCAGUACAUAGAAAAUUACUUCUCUGCACACAAACUCGACGAUUUCCUGGUGCUCAACACAACCGUUGAAGAUUUGUCAAAGAUCUCUUCAUCGUCUCCCAAGUCAGGAGAAAGGUGGAAAUUGACGUUGCGAAAAUAUGAUUGCUUUCGACACGCUGACGUUUGGUGGGAGGAGGAAUUUGAUGUUGUGAUUCUGGCUAAUGGUCAUUAUUCGGUUCCAUUUAUUCCAGAAGUCAAGGGAUUGAAAGAGUAUAGUGAGAAGUAUCCUGGUCGAGUGAUGCAUUCCAAGUACUAUCGCUCGCCUCUCCCGUACACAUCACAGAAAGUUCUUGUCAUCGGAAACUCAGCAUCAGGCCACGACGUGACAACCGAACUAGUCUCUUCAGUACAUCAUCCCGUCUACCAAUCCCGAAGAUCGAAGUCAAGAUGGGAUGACGUCGAUCCUCCCUUCGGCAUUGCCUGGAAAUCAGUGAUCUCAAAAUAUCUUCCUGAUGGUAGAAUUGUCUUUGAAGACGGCACUUGCCUAGACAACAUUGAUAAGAUCAUCUAUUGUACAGGCUACAAAGCAUCCUUCCCAUUCUGGAACGAGAAAGCUAACGGCCGUCCAAUGUGGGACUACGAAGCUAACAAAAUCAUCAAGGGUUACUGGCACACUUUCUUCCAAGAUUUCGAGAAUCUGGCGAUUGUGGGACUUCCACGAGUUUUGACAUUCCGAAGCUUUGAGUACCAAGCUAUUGCGCUAGCAAGGCUUUACUCGGGUCGAAAUGCUGCUUCGCUUCCAUCAGUAGAAGUGAUGAAAAGGUGGGAAACAGAGACUGAAGAAAACCACAAGACUGAGAAUAGGAAGUUCCAUGAUGUAGAGUGGGAAACUGGGGAGACUAAGGAGUGGCUUCAGAGAUUCUUUGCGAUUGCGGGGUUGGGAACUUUGACUGGAGAGGGAAGAAUCCCGCCGGUGCUGGACAAGGAUUUAGUUUGGGCGAUUGAGCAUUUGAGGAAAUAUCCGGAGCCGGGAAAGGGUGAUUUGAUUAUGAUGACUAGAAAAGCUUCUAGUUCUUGUGAUAUCCGUAUUAGGGAGGAGGAUGUGGAUGACUGGGAGAUAGUGGAACAUGUGCAGAAUCUGUGA